UUGGCCCGAUACUGAUUAGUCGAGUAAGAAUCACGAGUAAUCAGGACCUCUAGGAUCCAGUCCUGAGAUUUUUUUUUUCCUGUAUCAUACCCUACAGAGACAUAGUCACGAGGUGGGAGCGAUCCCCAUGAAAAACGUAAUUUAAAAAAAAUUUUUUAACCGAAUACUGUACGGUCGGAUUUGUGAACUACAACUCCUACCGUUCCUCAGCGGGCUUUCUCUUUUGCGGCUGCGCAGUUGUUGAAAACAAAGCUAAGCGUUCUGGGAUCUGUAGUGUUGCCUGGUCCCUCCGAUUCUAGCAUGAACUCCCUCCGGAAGCCAGCUUGCAUCGCGUUCUUUGGGGACAGUUCAGGGCACUUGGAAGGGGGUCUUGCUAAAUUGCCCAUGUUGGCCUUGAACUUGCAAUUCUCCCACCUGAGCCUCCAGAAUAGAUGGUAUCACAGGCGAGCGACCACCGCAUCCAAUGAUUGGCUUGGGCAAAAGCAUCUAAAGACCCUAGGAUUGCUGCAGAUCAACAGUCUCCACUGGAGAAAAAGAUUUUGGUUCACUGGCAUAAAUCAACCUGAGUUCUCCAACCCUCCAGUGGUGCUUGGUCUCUUCCUGAGUGUGAUUUCCUGGAGGACCCAGCAUACUCACCCAUUGAAGCUGCUCCUUCAGGUGGCUUGACCCAACUGGAGGGAGAGAGCACCAAGAUGGAUCAGAGAGCUGGCUACCUGAUGGUUUUCCAGGUUCCCUUCAGCUGACGCUCCAGCCUCCCAAGAAUGGCUGAGCCCUAAGCAGACUCAGGAGGAACAGACCAACUCAUCAGGAACCAUCAGCUACAGGAUAAGGUUCCUAGAGGUAGGCACCAGCCAGUUGCAUAAAGCAGGCUGGAACAGAAAGUAGACACCUACCUCCAGCCUGGCAUUACUGGACAAUGGCAGCUGAGCGAAGGGUGACCAGGUCCCUGAACUCUGUAGCCCAGACUUUGAGGGAACCAAAGGUGUUCUCAAGGGUGAAGGAGGAGAAUUUGGACAGCGGAACAGACAAAGAAGACAGCCAUUUGGAGCAGACUCGCUUGUCACAGGAAGCCAUAUCAAACCUUCAAGUCUUUGUGGGACCUCUCCAUCUGCCCAGUUUUUGGGAGGUAGAGGGCUCCAAGAAGGAGUCCAGUCAUCCUUGGGGGCUUGGCCAGGAGUGGAUAAAGCUAGAAAAAGACACCACAGAAGAGAAGAUGCCUGUCACCUUUGAGGACGUGGCAGUGAAUUUCACCCAGCAAGAGUGGGAAUGUCUAGAUGCGAGUCAGAGAGCCCUUUACCAGGGUGUUAUGUCAGAAACCUUCAAGAACCUGGAGUCUGUGGCAAGAAUAUUUCUGCCUAAACCAGAUCUGAUCACCAAGCUUGAGCAAGAGGAGAGACAGAGGAGAGUAGAUCUCCAUCACCCAAACAGACAAGGCCUCCUUUCAGGAGGCAAGAAGGAAGAAUUUCAAGAGCCAGGUCAGAAUCUGAGAGAUGAGGGGACUAGUGAUGAUAAGAAAGUCUCUCUUGUUCACAGAGGGACAGGCCAGAGUCCACGCUCUGGCAGGACCUCAGUAUUCCAGACAUCCCAAGCUGGGCCACCUUUUCUCUGCCACGCCUGUGGCAGGUGUUUCAGCAAGAGCUCCUACCUCCACAACCACCAGUUUGUUCACAACCCUAAGCAGACUAACAUCUGUAGCCAGUGUGGGAAGUUGUUCUGGAGCCCCAAGGCCCUCAGCUACCACAGGCGCAAACAUCAUGGGGAGAGACCCUUCUGUUGCCCACUCUGUGACAAGACCUACUGUGAUGCUUCUGGACUGAGUCGGCACCGCCGUGUUCAUUUGGGUUACCGACCCCAUUCAUGCCCUGAGUGUGGGAAGUGCUUCCGGGACAAGUCUGAGCUGAAACGCCACCAGAAGAUACACCAAAACCAGGAGCCAGUGGCUGGAAACCAGGAGCAUAUUGUGAGGGUUCCAGGCACAGCUGGAUUCCGGGAGCCCAUUGUAAGGAGACAGAGGUCCAUCCAGGCACCAGUGACUAGGACCCAGGAACCCAUAUUUAGAAAUGAGAGUCCUGUGACCAGGACACAAGCACGGGACAGUAGAUCCUCCUGCCCGAAUACCAGAUUCAGCUCUUCUCUAGUGCAGCCCUCAAGACUCAAGGUCUUCUCUUGCCCACAUUGUCCCUUGACUUUUAGCAAGAAAGCCUAUCUCGCUAGCCACCAGAAGGUCCACCUCACAGAGCAGCUGAUCUCCUGCUUCCAUUGUGGCAAGUCCUUCAGCUCAUCCUUCUGGCUCGCCAAGCACCAGCAGACUCACUGGAAGCAAAAGAUCUACCGUUGCCCCAUCUGUGACCUCUGCUUUGGGGACAAAGAGGACCUUCUGAAUCACUGGAGACGCUAUAAAGGCAAGGAUCAGUGCCUAGGCAGUCCCCAUAAAUGCUGGGUAAUCCUGGGCCAGAGGCUUGGGUGCUUUCAUGAUUCUCCAUGACUGGGAAGGACUGGAGGCAUGGAGGAAACAGAUCUUCGAGAAUCCAUAUUCCCAGGAGAGAGGCAGUAUGGGAAAAGGCAUGCAAAGGAGACAAGGCAAAGUAGGCAGUGAGGAUCUCAAAACAAAUAAAUGGCCUUUCCAACAGAGGUCUUUGUGUUUGGUUUUCCUGAGGACUGACCUCCAGGGUCAGGAGGCUUGAGUAGAGAGAGAGAGGUGAAUGGAUGAUGAAGAAAAUACAACAAAGAAAAGGGAAAAGAAGUGUGCAUAUAGAAACUCAUAUUAUUAAUUAGCACCUAACUUGUUUCUUUGUGUCUGAUAGAUCAUCAAGUAGUAUUUGUUGAAUAAAACCAUGGCUACUCUGAUAGGUAUGAAGAUGGGAGAAAAAAGAUUAGAGAAGAGAAAGUGUGAGGGAUGCAGAGAAGAUGUGGAAGUAGAAGGGAAACCAUUCUAAAGCAGUUGCGCUGCUUGGUUCCCUUCCAUUGCUUCCUGAGGCCCUCCGCAGGCUGCUGAGACAAGGUAGAGCUCUGGCUGGUAUUCUGUGGUCUCUCCCCAUCUCCAGGUCUUGGUUAGGGCUCCCUACAUCCUCACUCUGAAGCUCAUUCAGCUUCCUCUUUGAUAUUUUGGAUUCUUUCUACCCUCUAGCUCUGCUCAAUAAGGGCUCAGUCUUGGAAGAAAACAACCACCAUUUGCAAAUUGGAUGUUCUGUAAUUUGCAGUGAGGAGACUCUUGGUCUCCAGUUUUUAUGCUAUGCUCCAGCACAGGUGUCCUCUGAUGGAGAAAAGAGACCCACCUUGCUUUAGCCAGAGAGGGCUUCCUAGUGAAGGACAGAGGAGGAGAAAGACAUGAGAAGCAAACAAUGGCAAAGGAUGGAAGGAGCUGAGGAAAGGGAGAAAAAAGGUAGAUGACAGAAGGGAAAUCAAUUCUAUUUGGAAUUUCAGAGUAUUCCUGGAAGUAUGGAUUGGAAUGUCUCCGUAGCAAAGUGGCCAGUGAGUGUGCAACUUGAUGGAUGAGACAUCCCCAAGGAUCAGUCUCUGGACCCACCAGGCUCGCCUCCACCCUUGUCAAAGAUGCCACAGCACUCAGAAGGGAUUUCCUAGAAGGAGGAGAAAAUAACUUGAAAAAUCCUUGUCAGAAGUUUUUAUCAUGAAACCCCUGAACCUAGGAAUUAAAAGACCCCUGGGGUUAUCUUAUUUCUGUGGCUGCCUUGGUGGUUGGUCUCAGAGGUGAAGCACUGGGCAGCUGCUAUUGAGAAUAGGAAGGUAGGCCAACCAGAGAGGAUUCCUACCUCAGGGCACUGAGGGUGGAGCAGAUGAGACAAUAGGUGAGAGAAGCCCAGCUUCCCUCUCUGCCACCUGUAAACCUGACUCUAACUCCUUCCCUCCUCCCUCACAGGGUGAGUCCUCCUCCAUGCUUUCCAGCCACUCCUGUCCUCACUAACCCCUUCUUUUUGCUUCAGUUUCUCUUUCUGACUUUUUGUUCCCAGCUUAUAAGAAAGAGAAGAACUUACUUAGCUCUUCAAGAAACUGCCCUGCAAACAAAGAGAAGUAAAUAGGUGAUCAGUGGAAAAUGGCUGCCCCCUCUCACACCCUCUCUGUGGACAAUCAGAGUGACCCACCCUUCCUUUCCAUUGAGAGGCCCCACAGAUCUCAGUAACACAGCUCCACUGAGGAGCCUGGGGAUGGGCAUGAGGACAGAGGAGGAAUUCCAGGGCUCUGGAAUCCUAAGUCCUGGUUCCACUAUUUCCCACUCAGGGUUGCCUGGGUCCCCCAUUGCUCAGUGGUCCUCUUUACUGCCUGCUCCCCGCUGCGGCACCUGCUAGUCUUCGAUGCAACCAGUUGUAGCAGAUGAUCAAGGCAACCAGGGGUCCAAGAACUGGCACGAUUACAAACAGGGUUAUCUUCCAGCAGGGCACCCUCAGAAAGUGGGGAUCUGAAUUGUUCAUCAGAACAAACACGGUUAAUAUAUAUUUCCCUUCAUUCUCACCCACCCUUUUCCUUUUUGGGCUUCUGAUCCAAGAACACCAAAGGACUCGGGACAGAAUCCAGGGAGUCCAUGAAUUUGGAUGCGAAGCAUCACAUCUUUAUUCGCACCACAGUAUCAGCAGUACCUGUACUUUCUUGCCAGUGGAAAUCACAGCUGUUUUCCAUCCCAUUAGGAUGGAGAUUACAGAAAUCUCCAGGUGCUGUUUAUAUUGAGAGUUGCUGCUACUUUAUUUAUGCAUUACUUUUGUUAUUUAAAGGAACAUUUGUUAAUAUAUCAGUUUGUUUACAUGUUGGUAACUGUAUUCCAACACAGAUUUUCAUUGUAUUCCUAUGUGUUAUAUUUUAUGUGUACGUUUAAAAACAUUCUGGGGAUGGGAAUGUACCUUUGUGGUAGAGCAUUUGCUUAGUGCAAGGCCCUGCGUUUAAUUCCCAACACUGAACCUCAGUACUGGGCAGAAAAAAAAGAAAGAAAAACAUUCUGGAAGGGAUCCUUUAAUGAUACAAAAAGAAUUCAGACCUUUGAUAUUGAAAUCCUUCAAAAUAAAAAUCCUAUUGCUCCCACAAGUGUGUGAGGCACCAGGACCUCUGCUAUAGCAGGAAAGGCUGCUCAACACAGGAAUGUCUGUGCUCUGCCUAAUGCCAUCUUCUAAUUUCUACAGAAUUUAUUUCAGCUCAAAUAUUUGGGUGCUCUUUUGUUGUUGGCAUUGUCCUUAGGCACAGGGCAAUCUGUAGUAAAUGAAAAAAGCAGAGACCAUAUCCUCCAGGGAUCAAAUUUCUGUUGGGGCUUGGUGGCUUUACUCCCCCAAAAAAACCUUCCCUGAGUACUUGAGAAUGGUUACUUGGUCUAUACUCAUGAAAAUUUACUCUGCUAUGUAACUACCACGUAAGAGUGGUAGAUGAUUUGUGUAUGUUUUAUUUCGUUCUGUUUGUUCAAGUAUGUUUCACGUCCCCAACUAUACACCACUUAUGUGUUUAUCUUUCUUUUGUAAUUUCCAAAAGAAAAGUGUAUAAGGAUUUAACACUUAACAUUUGUAAAGGAAUAGGAAAGACAGUAGAAUUGAUUGAACAUAACUUUCCUUAGCCUUAUAUUUGUAUACACAACCAGGGUAACUCCACAUCAUGUGCAACCACACUAAAUAGAAUAAGUUAUAUUUUAUGUA